AUGCAUUUCAAGGUUCCGAUCCGCCCUGACACCGUCGGCACUGUCCGCGUUUGCAAGUAUUGCUCCGUCGAGUUCAAGGGUGGUGCGUUUCGAUGCGCUCAGCAUCUCGCGAAAUGGAAGGGACAGAAAACGCGCGACGUCCGCCUGUGCGCGAAGGCUCCGUCUGACGUGCGAGUGGCGGUGCGCGCGCAUUACGAGAAGAAAUCAUCCGGCCGCGACGAAAAGAGGAGGGCCGAGGAGGCUGCGCUCGAAGCUGUCGUGGGAGGCCCCGGUUAUGUCGCGCCGCGCCGUAACUACGUGGGAGGGUAUUGCCUGAAGCUUUGCCGCACGGGCAUCGAGAGGGGGCUUCAGCCAAUCGCCGCGAGCUGGAAGAGGGAUGGCGUCACCGUCUCCUCGGACUUGAUGACCGAUCGGUGCGGGAGGCCGCAGGCGAACGUGAUGCUCAUCAACGACUCCGGAGCAGUGUUCGUCGAGGCAAUUGACUGCAACAUGGAGUCAAAAACCGGCGGCUUCAUCGCUUCCAUUCUCCGCCCCAUCAUCGAGAAAAUAGGGCCCGAAAACGUGGUCGCUCUUUGCAUGGACGGGGGCUCCAACUACGGGGCCGCCUGCAAGGAGCUUAUGGCGGAAUGGCCGCACAUCGAGUACGUGCCGUGCGCUACGCACGUGCUCGACCUCCUCAUGGAGGACGUUGGGAAGAUCACGUGGGCGAAGGAUAUUGUGGAUCGGUGCGGGGACAUGGUCAGUUACGUUCGUAACCACCAUUUCACCCGCAAUUACCUGAGGAGUGGGGCGGUAAAGGGAGGAAAGGGGAAGCAGCUUGUGAAGCCGGCGGGGACCAGAUUCGGCACCAACUUCAUCUCCCUCUCAAGGCUGUGCGAGCUGUGGUCUUCGUUGUCGACCUUGGUGCUGAGCGAGGAGUACGGCAACUGGGGGAGCGGGGCAAGGAAGCUGACGGCAGAUAAUUUCCGCGGCCAAGUCAUGGACGACGAGUGGUGGAAGAAAGCAACUUACCUCGUGGAGCUGUUGGCGCUUCCGUUCAAGGUGAUGCGGGCCACGGAUAGCAGCGCUAAGGGCAUGAUGGGCACCAUCUAUGACCACAUGCUCCAGCUGACUGAGGACAUGAACACCAAGGUGGAUGCGGGGGACAAGUUUCUGACGCGGGCGGACGCGGAUAAGAUAAGGAAGAUCGUUAAGAGCCGUUGGGACGAGAGCCUCGCUUGCGCGCUUCACGUCGUUGGCCGGAUCCUGAACCCAGCAAAUCAGGAAGAGGGUAUAUUCCGCAACGAUGUGGAAUGUACCCGCAUCUUCAAGGCGUUCAUCGCGCGCCACUACGACGGCAAGACCUUCACCAACAAGGACGGUGAGGAGAAGCGGGCCUCUCUUGUUUUGCAGGAGGGGCUCACGGCCUUCCUCAACCUGGAGGGAUCCUUCGGCCUCCCUGAGGCAAUUGCCGACAGGGAGGCCGUGAAGGCAGGCAAGCACUCGAUGGUGCAGUGGUGGGGAUGGCAUGGGACUGACCACCCCCACCUGGCCAGUCUUGCGUGCCGUUCCCUGACACAGCCGGUGUCAGCCUCGCCGUGUGAGCGCGGGUGGGCAUCGUGGGAGUCGGUGCAUACUGCCCGCCGCAACAAGCUAGGCUCGGAGAAACUCCGGGACCUAGUUUAUGUGGCCCACAACUGGCCGGUGGUCCACAAGUACCACAAGCUUGGUGAGUCACUGGCGGUGCUUCCGGGCAACAUCCCUGCUCCCCCUCUGCCGGAGGGAUACAAGGAGGAGGAGGAAGGGGAGGAGGAGGAGGAGGAGGAGGAGGAGGAGGAGGAGGAGGAGGAGGAGGAGGAGGAGGAGGAGGAGGAGGAGGAGGAGGAGGAGGAUGAGGCCGUGCUGGCCGAUGAGUACGUGGAGUAA